AUGGAGAAAUACUCAAAAAUAGAAAAGUUGGGAGAAGGUACAUAUGGUAUUGUGUACAAAGCAAAGAAUAGAGAUACUGGUGAUAUUGUAGCUUUAAAGAGAAUAAGACUCGAUUCAGAAGAUGAAGGUGUACCAUGUACUGCAAUCAGAGAGAUUUCACUACUCAAGGAAUUAAAACAUCAUAAUAUUGUUAGAUUAUAUGAUGUAAUUCAUACAGAAAGAAAGUUGACAUUGGUAUUUGAAUAUUUAGAUCAAGAUUUAAAAAAGUAUUUGGAUGAAUGUAGCGGAGAGAUUACCAAACAAAACAUCAAGUCUUUUAUGUAUCAAUUAUUAAAGGGUGUAGCUUUUUGUCAUGAACAUCGAGUAUUGCAUAGAGAUUUGAAACCACAAAACCUUUUAAUCAAUAGAAAAGGAGAAUUAAAAUUGGCAGAUUUUGGUUUGGCACGUGCCUUUGGUAUUCCAGUUAGAACAUAUUCUCAUGAAGUCGUUACAUUGUGGUACAGAGCUCCAGAUGUAUUGAUGGGUUCAAGAAAAUAUUCGACUCCAAUCGAUAUUUGGUCAGCCGGUUGUAUUUUUGCUGAAAUGGCAUCUGGUAGACCCCUCUUCCCAGGUUCCGGUACAAGUGACCAACUGUUUAGAAUAUUUAAGAUUCUUGGUACUCCCAAUGAAGAACUUUGGCCAAGUAUUGUAGAGUUGCCAGAAUAUAAGACUGAUUUCCCAAUACAUCCACCACAUCCAUUAGGAUCGAUUAUUCAUCAAUUGGACGAAAAAGGUUUGAAUCUUUUACAAAGAAUGUUACAAUAUGAUCCAGCUCAAAGAAUUACAGCCACUGCUGCUUUGAAACAUCCUUAUUUUGAAGGACUUGAAGUUCCAAAUUCUUAA